AUGGCGUCACUACUUCCUCUGAAGAGGGUUCAAGAGGAGAGGAACCAGAACAGAACUAAUUUCAGAGAGCAAGGAAGACCAGGCCAGCACCUAAAGCCCCGUAACUCUCCAUCAAAGAAGAAGCAAGGCUAUGGUGACCAAUCCAAUCGACACCCUUAUUGUGACAAGUGUAAAAGAAGACACCCUGGGGAUUGCAAGCCCACUUCAGUGACUUGUUAUGAGUGUGGCGAGCAAGGUCACAUAUCUACGUAUUGUCCCAAGAAGAAAACUCAGGAGAAUACCACAGGUCGCGUCUAUACCUUGGAUGCAAGAAAGGCCAAAGGAAACAACAAUCUCAUCGCAGGUACUUGUUAUGUAAGCAAUCAACCCUUAUGUGUUUUAGUGGAUUGUGGAGCUACUCAUUCCUUUGUUUCAACUGAAUGUGUUUGUCGACUUGGUUUGGAAGUUACUCCAUUACCCUAUCCUAUGGUCAUUUCUUCGGCGACCGAUGAUACGGUGGAAGCCCGACUGAUUUGUAAGGAUUGUUCAGUAUCUUUUAAUGGUCGUGACUUUCCGAUUGAUCUAAUUUGCUUACCCCUCAAGAGACUUGACGUCAUUCUCGGAAUGGAUUGGUUAUCCCUUAAUUCGGUGUAUAUUGGUUGUAAGGAAAAGGCCAUAUUCAUUCCGGCAGAAGAGACUUCCUCCGAUGAUGCAAUUACCAAGUUGAUAGAAGGUACGAUCAACGCGGUUAACUAUCUCUUUUCCCAAGAAAGAUCUUUUCUUUUAGUUCUUUCCAAGGAACCAUCUGUAAGAAUGGCAUUGUCAGAGAUUCCAGUGGUGUGCGAGUUUCCUGAUGUGUUUCCUGAGGAUAUCACUUCUCUUCCUCCGGAAAGGGAAGCAGAAUUCUCCAUUGAUCUUGUGAGGGUGGUUCAAGGCAAGAUCGUGGCAAAGGCAAGGCGGAUUAGUCCUUUGGCGUUGUUGCUAGAUAUUAUCUUUUGUUCGCAUUUUAUGCUUUUGUAG